CACUUCCAACUAUAAGACUCCCAACUGUUAUCAUCUUUCUGGGUUAGCAGGAAAAGUCAUGAAGAAGCCUUCCUUGCACUCCUCUCCUUCCACCAUUCCUUUCAUCCUCCUCUCAGCAGCGCUGGUAGCUUUGAUCUUCUUUGUUGUCUACCCGAAUGAGUUCCGGCUCCAGUCCAUCGUCACCUCCCGGUGCGGCUCCCGGCCGCCCUCCUCCGUCGCCACCUUCAUCGAGACUGUGACCCCGAAGCCGGACUUCCGUCUCCUAAUGGGCAUCCUCUCUCUCCCCGACAGCUACGAGCGCCGCCACCUCAUGAGAAACGUUUACGCCCUCCAAUCCAACAUCACUAAUGCCCAGAUCGACGUCCGCUUCGUCUUCUGCAACCUGACCAAGGAGGAGCAGCGAGUGUUGGUGGCCAUGGAGAUCGUGCUCUACGACGACAUCAUCAUCCUCGACUGCGGCGAGAACAUGGACCACGGCAAGACCUACGCGUACUUCUCCAGCCUGCCGAAGAUGCUCGAGGGCAGCAACGGCGGGGACCGGCCUUACGACUACGUCAUGAAGGUGGACGACGACACCUACUUCCGGCUUCAUAACCUGGCAGAAUCACUCAGGAAGAUGCCUCGGGAGGACGUCUACUAUGGGUUGAUCAAUCCCUGUUGGAUCCCGCAACAUAAAACCAACUACAUGACCGGAAUGGGAUAUCUAUUAUCCUGGGACUUGGUGGAAUGGAUCGCGACGUCGGAGUUGCCCAGAAAGAACCAGGUUGGGCCGGAAGACUUCCAGACCGGGCUAUGGAUGAGAGAAGGAGGCCGAGGUAAGAAGUUCAACAUGGAGCCGGCGAUGUACGACUACAUGGAGGAGCCGCGGACGUGCCACCGCCACGAGUUCAUCCCGGACACCAUCGCGGUCCACAAGCUCAAGAGCCACCUGAGGUGGGCGCGGACCCUUAAUUACUUCAACGUCACUGCGGGGUUGAAGCCCUCUAAGCUGUAUCAUAUUCCUUGAAGGGCUUCCCUUCUAUCUUGCCUUCUUCUCUCGGUCAUCAAUGAUUCUUUUUUCCCGCAUGACUUGCUCUGCUCAGCCAUGCAACGAUCGAUGGAGAUCCAUAUUAGACAUUGUCAAGUGCAAGAUACUGUAACAGUCAGUUCUCCGUCGGAAAUCUAAUAGCAGUCAUCCCAUGCGUUGGAAGUGAUUCAA